AAAGAUAUAACAUUAUUAUUGAUGCACAUUCAUCACUACAUGUAUAUUAUUCUAACGUCUCAUGUGCACAUGCUAGUGCGUGGGGAAUCGUUUUAGGUAUGAUAAGAAUCGCAAUUUUUUUUAGCUUAGAUUCCUGCGUCCAGGAGUCCUGACAGUAUGCUCUAGAUAAGUGAUAACGCGAGCAGUAACCUUCAGGAGGAGGCGGAUGGUUAAGAUGUUUUUACGAUGGUUAGUAGUAGUGACACGGGCAGGAGAACAGACUCUGCGUGAUGAGGUCAUCGUAUGGUUUUUUAGCCGCGCCGGCAGUCUCAACGCGGAGCGCCCGAACGCCGGUUGCUACGUAUAAUCCUGCGGCAGGGACAUGCCUGCCAUGUGCCUGCCUGGUCUAUCCGCUACGUAUCGUUUCUCCAAUCGCGAGUGCAGCGUAUCCUCCUUCCUCCACGGUGUCGCGAAACCGUCGCCCAGACGCGGACACGUUCACCUUUCUUUUAAUUCGUCCACCUCGACGGAUUGCCGGUUACACGGCUGAUCAACACUUUUCAGCCAGUUCCGAGCUUUCUGCCGCGAAGUGUGCUUCUUCAUCAAACGUUGUUGCGCGCACGUGGAGGAGGAUGCCUCAAGACAGCUUCUAGUAACUCCGAGUUUGAAGUUCUGACUCGCGUUCGCGGGU